GACAAUCUGGGCAUUCUGAAUCACAUAGAAGAGUUACAUUGACAGCCCCAGAUUAUAUCACCCUUGCCAGCUGGGGACUCCAAGCCCAUCCCCAAAGGGGUGUUUCUUCUGGACCUCUCUGUGGGCGCAGAUACUGCACCAUUGGCCCGUCUGCUUCUGUACGCGAUUUUGUCCAGCGGGGAACUAGCUGCUCACUCGGCAGAUUUCGCUGUGGAGAACUGCUUCGCAAACAAGGUGAAAUUGUGGUUCUCUGAUGCCGAAGGCCUCCCUGCCAGCGGAACGCACCUCCACCUUAAAACCGCCAAAGGUUCCCUCUGUGCCAUCCACGCUGUUGAUAAGAGCGUCUUUCUCCUGAAGCCUGAAGCUGAGCUCUCCCCUCAGACUGUUUACAAUUUGCUCCCUGUGAAGAGUCUCAAAGGCUAUCGCUAUGGAUACCACAAUCUGGAUGAACCAAGCAGUCGUCCCUGUGUGGAUAGGAGAAAGAUAAUUGAGGAUGGCAUCCGCUACCACUGUGAGCCUUAUUAUUAUGGUGAAGUUGACACUUAUGCAGUUCUCCAGUGACGACCUCUUGACAGCAGAGGCUGGCGUGGAAAGCCAAGCCGACAUCCCUUUGACCAUUCCGGACACCAUCACGGAAUGGCGAGCGGGAGCCUUUUGCAUGUCGGCGGACGCGGGCUUUGGCCUGGCCCAGACGGCCUCCCUCAGGGCCUUCCAGCCCUUCUUCCUGGAGCUCACCUUACCCUACUCUGUGGUGCGGGGCGAAGUGUUCACACUGAAGGCCACCGUCUUCACCUAUCUGCAACGCUGCAUCAGGGUCCGAAUAUCUCUGGCACCUUCCUCUGAGUUUGUGGCUUCCCCUGUGGAGAAGGAGGAGGAAUCUUAUUGUCUGUGUGUGAAUGAAAGGAAAACGGUCUCCUGGAUGGUGACCCCAAAAUCUCUGGGGGAAGUGAACUUCACCGCCAGCGCUGAGGCCCUGAACUCCGACCAGCCCUGUGGGAAUGAAAUAGUGGAGACGCCCAGCAAGGGACAGAAGGACACCGUCAUCAAAUCCCUUUUAGUGGAGCCCGAAGGGGUCGAGAAGGAUGUGGUCUUUAGCAACCUGCUCUGUGCAGCUGCCGAAAAGCCAUCGGGAGCUGUUUCCUUAAAGCUGCCAGAGAAUGUGGUGGAGGGCUCAGCCCGGGCCUCCUUCUGUGUGCUGGGCUACCAGAGGCAGCUGAACUACAAGCACUCUGAUGGCUCCUAUAGCGCCUUUGGAGAACGCCACCAGGGGCCAGGAAACACCUGGCUGACGGCGUUUGUGCUCAAGUCCUUUGCCCAGGCCAGGCGCCACAUCUUUGUGGAAGAAAAGCACAUCCAGGAUGCUCUGGCCUCGCUGGCCGCCAGGCAGAAGGAGAACGGCUGCUUCCGUAGCACUGGGACCCUCGUGCACAACGACCUGAAGGGCGGGGUCGAUGAUGAGAUCACCCUCUUUGCCUACAUCCCCACCGCUUUGCUAGAGAUUCCUCUGCCUGUCGGUCACUCCGUGGUGCGCAAUGCUCUGUUCUGCCUGGAGACGGUGGCGCAGGCGAAAGAGAUCCACGUUUAUACCCGGGCCUUGCUGGCUUAUGCCUUUGCCCAGGCAGGGAAGGGGGAAGAGAGGCAGAAGAUGCUGCAAAUUCUUGAGGCGGAAGCUGUGAAAGAAGCGGACGGCUCCCUUCACUGGCAUCGGCCCGGGAAGCAAGAGAGGGAGGCUGACCUUCCACCCUACCUCUCCCGCCGCGCCGCCUCUGCAGAGGUGGAGAUGACGGGCUAUGUCCUCCUGGCUUACCUGACCAAACAGCCAGCACCUUCCCAGGAAGAACUGGCCACGGCCACCAACAUCGUCAAGUGGCUUAGCAGGCAGCAGAACCCCAUGGGGGGAUUCUCCUCCACUCAGGACACCGUGGUGGCCCUACAUGCCCUCUCACUGUUCUUGACGUACUCCCAGAGCAGUGCAGGUGCAGAAGUGACCCUGAGCUCCGGAGGGGACGUCCUGAGGCAGUUCCAGGUGGACAGCACCAACCGCCUGCUGCUUCAGUGCCAGGCUCUGCCCAGAGUGCCAGGGGACUACGGCAGUGGGUCCACAGGGGACGGCUGCAUCUAUACCCAGACCACCUUGAAGUACAACGUACAUCUGCACCAGGAAGAGGCACCUUUCGCUCUGGAGGUCCACACAGUUCCGGAGACUUGCGCUGGGCCCAAAGCCCACAGAACAUUUGACGUUGCAAUCAAUGUCAGUUACACCGGCAAGCGCCCAGGCUCCAACAUGGCCAUUGUUGAUGUUAAGCUGCUCUCAGGAUUCAUCCCGGAGAAAUCCUCCGUUAGGAAGCUGGAAGGGCAACAGCAGGUCAAGCGGACAGAAGUCAGCACCAGCCACGUCCUCCUGUAUUUGGAGCAGGUGAACAACAUCACCCAGAGCUUCUCCUUCACAGUGGAGCGGGACGUGCUCGUCCAGGCCCUGAAGCCGGCCUUGGUGACAGUCUACGAUUACUACGAACCAGAUGAAAGAGCUGCCGCAGAGUACAACGCCCCAUGCAGUACAGGUCAAGUAUGGGCGGAGAUUGCCUCCCACCAGGCCACAAACCAAACGUUGGCUGCUUUGAAGCCAAAGGUCCCUCUAGGCCAGCAUCCAGCCAGAUGCCUUUGGAAGGCUCACAAGCAGGGUGCAAUCUGCAACCCUGCACCAAAGCCUCCGUCCUCUGGCAAGACGGCCGCAUCAGACGACACGGAGCUGAACAGAGGGCUGGCCUCCCACGAGGCAGGAUGGGGACCCCACCUGGGCUGAAACAAGAGAGGCAGGAAAGGGCAGGAGCCUGUCAACUCUCUGGCUUAUGGGGUAUGGGGGUCAACAUGUGGGUGUCCUGCUUCAGACUCCCAAAUGCCUUGACUUUCUGUGGCUUAAGCUCCAAAGGAGAUUUUUCUGCUGUUUCCUCCACGGUAGAUGAAACUAAACAGAGGAACGCAUGACGAAUGAAGCCCAAUUCUGCUGGCAUCUUCCUUCCACCAGCCGACACCGGUGGAGAGAGCAGGCCAUACAGCAAUGCAGAGACUGAAGAGGGGAAGUGUUUUCCAAGGUGCUGCCAACACAGUCUAGCCCGUUUUCCUUGCUAAUUCCACUGCCUGAUCAGCCCCAAGGCCUUGGCCUCCUCUGGUGAUACCCAGAAUCCGCACGCGGGAGAGCACGAACUGGUGGGGAACACCCUGUGAAAACCGUGAGCCCACCUUUUCUCGGCCUCCUC